AAUUUCUUGAUAAUUUUUCGAAUUUCAACAUCAAAAUACUCAAUUCCAUCAGAUUAGGCUAAAUUAUAUGAUCAAUUAUUAAAAUGUCGGCAUCAAAUAGUGUUGAAUUUCCUAACUUUUUGCUAAUCUUAAUACGUCACGGCGAAACUGAUGAAAAUAAUCAAGCCAUUAUACAAGGACAAAAAGACACGAAACUAAAUGAAACUGGACGCAAGCAGUCAAAGUCAUUGGGUGAAAAUUUUAAUUCAACUGGAUUGACUCGUAUUUAUUCAUCCGAUUUAUCUCGUGCUUAUGACACAUGUUCGAUAUUGCUAUCGGAUCAUUCUGAAUCUAUCAUCACUGAUCCCUUAUUACGAGAACGUUCAUUUGGAGAGAUUGAAGGUCGUCCAUUAAAAGAUUUGAUUGCUGCAGCUCGAGAAGCUGGUUUAUCAACACCAGAAUACAUAGCAAAAGGUGGUGAAUCUUUGGUUGAUGUUCGAAAACGUGUCAUUCGAUUUUUGGAGGAAAAAAUUCUGGCCUCUGUUAUUCCAGAUGAGCGAAUAUUAAUCGUAUCACAUGGUGGUAUCAUACGACAGAUGAUCGAAUUCCUUGCAGAAUUUUUACCGAAAAAUAUGAAUUCUCCCCAAUUCGAUCGAAAGAAAAAUCUAAUUCCGCCUAACACAUCAGUUACCGAAUUCAAGAUAUUUUUUUGUCCAUCAAAACGUCAAAUCCAAUCGAUCGAAUGUAUGCGUUUGCAUGAUAUCGAGCAUUUAGACGAGAAAACUCAGCAAAAUGCUUUAAAUCAACCGCAGGUGAAUGCUAAAGUUGCAAUAUAGUUUAAUCUAUCAUUAAUAUUUCUAAUCAAUUAAAAACAUUUGAACCGAAUUCUUCUAA